AAAAUAAGUUUAGGAUUCAAGUGAUUAAUAUUCAUUUAGGUAAAGUAGGUAUCUGUGGUAAAGAUGACCUGGAACCCUGGUCCGAUGAAGUUUUGGGACGGAGUGUAUGAGCAUCCGAAGGAAUUCUUUGACCCCAAGGACGAGGCUCGAAGCCAGGCUCAAUAUUUCAUUGAGCAUCCUGAAGUUCAAGCUCUCGCUUCUCUGUUCAUUGCCCACAUGUCCAGGAAGCCGGUCAUAGAUCGCUUUGAGCUGAGGGACGCUGGUUACUUCUUUACCAGGCCCGCUGAUGUUUUGCAGGCAGAAGUCGAGGAGGUUCUGAAGAAAAGCAAUAGGUUUGGACCUAGGGAGGAGAUGAGGAAGAAAUACAGACAGAAUCCGAUACCACGUCCAGGGUCUGUCCCAGACUGUGCAUGUCCAUCACUGAAUACUCCUUCGAUUGAUUCUGUCUACUCUUCGUUCAUUUCUCAUUCCAGUUCUGCUUCUACACUACCCACUAUUGCUGUAAAAGAGCAAGUCACUCCUAGAUUGGACGAAGCAUUGUGGCAGCUGGUGACUCAAGCUCUAAACAAUGCGUUGAACAACAUGUAUGUGGCGAGAGAACACGAGCUAUAUUACGAUGAAGCCUAUCUGUGUCUCAUGGGCUGUGUGCAGAAGGCGGUCGAGACCGUCUGGGGACCAAAGAUUCAAGAGAUAACUGGGAUUAUCGACUCUAUUAUAGACGACGUAAGGCGUAUUACAUCUGAAAAGCGCAGACUGAAACUAUUGAUGACUGAUAAGCUGCCCAGCAAAGUAAACAGAUUGAAGACUGACUUCAAAGGUUACGAAGAAAAUCCCGAUUAUCCAGACCUGAAGAAAAAAGAAAUACUGGAAACCUUAAAAUCUAGACAAGGCACCUACAAUCGCUAUCCGAAAGAUAAGUUUGGAGUUUAUUUGCCCACUUGCGACAAAAGCUUAGAUGUAAGUGUCACUUACGUGCCCCCUGGAUGUGAUGAAGAAGAGGAAUCCCUGAAUAAGACUGAUGAUGAACUGCCCCUUGAUGAUAAUGAAUAGAAUCUACCUAUUUUGGAGCUUUAAAAUGUUGUUGAUGAAGUUAUGUGGUAAGAAUUUUAUUUUGCUAAGAGAAGUUUAUAAGAGGUUUAGUUUGUGAACACUAAGGAUAGCCAAGUGAUAUUAAGUGGAUUUUACUGUAAGCUAUUUAAUAAUAUUCAGUUUAAGUUGAUUUUACCAUGACCUUGUUCAUGCAUGACGUGUUAGU